AUGGUUGAAAAUGAGAUGAAAGGCAAAGUUUACAAUUUGGACGUCAAAAAACAUAUUUCAUGUCACAAAAGAUUUUUAUCCCUUUUACCGAGCAAAUUUGAGUCUGAAGACAGCAAUAAACUAGCAAUGGCUUAUUUUUCUUUGGCAUCACUUGAGCUGAUGGGUACCUUGCACGAUAGUUUCAAUGAUUUUGAACUGCAGGAGUUUGUUGAUUACAUAUACUCUCACCUCAUUGAAAGCGAGCAAGUUUCAGGUUUCAGAGGAUCAUUAACCUACCUAAAAAGGGUGGAAUCGAUUGACUUGGCUUCGACAUGUUUUGCUCUACAAUGUUUGCUCAUAUUGGGAGAUAGUUUGGGUAGGAUAGACAAGAAGAAAGUGCUGUUUUUUGUGCAGUCAUGUCAAAAAAAUAAUGGUGGAUUUACGAACACUUUAGACUCCUUGAAUGCAAAAGAUCUCAGAUACUGUAUGAUUGCAGCAACAGUGUGCAAAAUUUUAUGUAAAGAUUUCCCGAAUUAUUCGCAAGCCAUAGAUACAGAGAGUCUUAAGAGUUUCAUAUAUGGGUUGCAGACAUAUGAUGGUGGGUUUUCAAUGUGUAAAGGUGACGAAUCACAUGGUGGCAUGGUGUUUUGUGCAAUUGAUACUCUAUCUUUAAUCGAUGAAAAUUUGAGGAGAUCUAUUCAUCUUGAUAAGGCCAGUAUGUUACUUGAAUUUUUGGUGCAUCGUCAGGUACAUUUUGGGAAAUACAAUGAACAGGAAUAUUUGCAAAAUGAGAAUGCCGAUAUGAGAGAUAACGGGGGCUUUAAUGGAAGGCUCAACAAGUACGCAGAUACGUGUUACGUUUUUUGGACUCUUGCCUCACUUGAGCUAUUGGGUUUCACUCAUCUUAUUGACGAAAAGGCUGCUAUAAACUUCUUAGUUCAAAAUACGCAAAACAUUUACAUGGGUGGCUUUAACAAAACCACUGACGAGGACGAAUUUCCUGAUCCCUUUCAUUCUUUUCUAGGGCUCUCGGCUCUUAGUAUCCUCAAAUAUCCAGGUAUCCAAUCUUUAAACUGCCAACUGGUAAUUCCACAAAGCUCUUAUGUCCAUUGGAAAAGCACCUAG